AUGCAAGAUCGCGACGAGAAUGCGCACUACAAGUCGCGCAUCGUCUCCGUUGUUGCUGCUACCGGCGUAGCUCUUGCUUGGUAUAUCCUCCAAGCCAUCCUGACCNNGUCCAACCAGUAUGCAUAUUCAGCAUGGGCUCCUCAAUACGCCGAGCGUAUGAAAUUAUCCGCUACCCAAAGCAACCUUAUCGUGAGAGACCGCCGACGAGUAAUAGCAAGAGCUGCAGCUGAGAAAUACCUANNGGGUAGCGCUGGUAACAUUGGCAUGUACGCCUCGGGCAUUCCUUUUGGCAUCUUGAUCGACACAAAAGGCCCCAGGUGGGCUAUUCUGAUUGGCGCNUUUUCGCUGGCAUGCGGCUAUUUCCCCCUAUACUCUGCCUAUCAGAAGGGCCCCGGGUCUAUGAGCUUCCCUGCUCUCUGUUUCUUUGGUUUCCUGACCGGUAUGGGAAGUUGUUGUGCAUUUGCUGGUUCAAUCAAAGUUUCCGCCACGAACUGGCCUCAUCACAGAGGAACUGCUACCGCUUUCCCUUUGAGUGGCUUUGGACUCAGCGCCUUUGUCUUUACUUUGAUUGGCAGCUUCGCCUUUCCCAAUGAUACUGGAGACUACCUACUGAUGCUGGCCAUUGGUACCUUUGUCAUGGUAUUUGUGGGAAGCUUCUUCAUGCGAUUAAUGCCUCCAUCUUCUCCCUACCAAGCCGUGCCUACUGAGGAUGAGACUCGCCCUCCACGCAUCAGGAAGAAUUCUCACGACCUUCAAUCAGCCCGUCACAGCAGAGACGGAAGCAGAUCGAGUUUCCCGGGUGAACCCAAUGGCACCCGGCUCAUCUCUCCAGGCACUCAAGAUGCCCAAGCAGAUGAGACUUCACCUCUGGUCUCGCGCGCUGAGGAAACUCCUGUGGACGAGGCCCAGACAUCCCAGACCCAAGGCUCACACAAGAAAGAUAUCACAGGAUGGGCACUCGCAAAGAGCCCCUCGUUUUGGAAUUUGUUUAUUUUGCUUGGCUUAUUAUGUGGAGUCGGCUUGAUGACUAUCAAAACUUCUAGNGCCAAAACACUCUGGCACCACUACGAUGAGAACGCAAGUCACGACUUCAUUCAAUCUCGUCAAUUGAUGCAUGUCGGUAUUCUCUCGAUUGGAUCCUUCGUUGGCAGACUGUCUUCUGGCAUUGGAUCGGACUUUGUGGUCAAGCGUCUCCACUCGUCUCGUUACUGGUCGCUUGUCGCCUCGUCACUGAUAUUCACCAUCGCCCAAGUUUUUGGACUUGCGAUCGAAAACCCUACUCACUUGUAUCUACUGUCAAGUGUUACCGGGCUUGGCUACGGCGCACUGUUUGGCGUGUUUCCUGCUCUUGUUGCCGAUGCCUUUGGUGCCCCGGGGCUCGGAAUCAACUGGGGUGCCAUGACGAUGUCGCCAGUUAUCUCGGGUAACAUUUUCAACACGGCGUAUGGCGCCAUCUUGGACAGCCAUUCGAGCUCGGCAGACGGACACCACCGCAUUUGCAAUGAUGGCAAAUCUUGCUACUCGCAGGCAUACACUAUCACACUUGUCGCCAGUAUUAUGGGCAUCGCCUGGAGUCUCUGGUGUGUCCGUCACGACACAAAGGAGAAGAAGGCACUAAGGAAGCUGUAUGAGGACCACUCGCCUUAA